UUUCGCCGCCCGCGCCGGGAUCCGGACUCCGCGUCUUGUGGGCGGCCGUGACGAGAGGGCCGCGCAUGCGUAGACGCGCCUGAGGCCUGUGGAGAGGCUCCGGGGCGGCGUCGCCUCCACUCGCAGCCGCCCUGCCUGUCCUGUCCUAUCCUAUCCUUCCCUCCCUCCCUCCCGUCGGGGACGAGGCGCUUGCGCGGGCAGCCGACUACGAGGGGAACAAGCAAGAGGCCCCGGGGCUCAAGCGCGCGCUCCCCCCCCCGGCGAGGGCCCCGCCCAGCAUUGGCGGGGGGCACUCCGGGCCGUCUGCUCAUGCUCAGGGACACUCCCGGUUCCCAGGCCGCCUCUUCUUCAGGGCUCCAAUCGCUUUGCUUCGCAGGCCGCCUCGCGCUCCGGAGAAGAGCAAGAAUGUGGGGCUGUAGGAGUAAUUUGUGCCAGUGCUAGCAGUGAAAGCGUGUGACCAAGACAUGACUUAUCGAGGCAACGAACGAGACUUCCAAACCUCAGCACGGAGGAUGGGGACAUCUCUGCUUUUCCAGCUGUCAGUCCAUGAGAGAGAACUAGACCUGGUCUUCCUCGACCACAGCUAUGCCAAACCAUGGAGUGCCCACCCAGAUGCCAGCAAUGCCCGUCCCACUCGUCUGCUCUUUGUUACUCCCAAGAGACAUCAAGAUAACAGCACCAUUGAGGCAGAUAUUCCCAUUGAUGUGGAAACGGUGACAUCUACACCUGUGCCACUCUAUGACAACCAGAAAGCCCGCACUGUGAUGAAUGAGUGUGAGCGCCAUGUGAUCUUUGCCCGCACAGAUACUGAUACGCCUCCUCCACCUGACGACUGGGAGGAGCAUAUGAACAGGUCUGGCUGGACAGUGGCCCAAAAUAAACUCUUCAAUAAAAUCCUCAAAGCCUUGCAGUCUGACAGACUGGCUCGCUUAGCUAAUGAAGGGGCUUGCAAUGAGCCGGUGCUCAGAAGGAUAGCAGUGGACAAAUGCGCUCGGCGGGUCCGUCAGGCUUUGGCGAGCAUCAGUUGGGAUACCAAGCUGAUCCAGUGGCUUCACACAACUCUGGUGGAGACGCUCAGUUUGCCUAUGCUGGCGGCUUACCUGGAUGCUUUGCAGACUCUUAAGGGAAAGAUUCCCAGCUUGAUCGAUCGGAUGCUGUUGUCUUCUACUGCAAAGACAGGAGCAGCAGGUGCUGAGGCCCUGUCCCUCUUGCUGAAGAGGCCGUGGGAUCCAGCUGUAGGUGUCCUUUCACAUAAUAAACCAAGCAAGUUGCCUGGUUCUCCCCUCAUCCUGCUGGCAUCUUCUGGACCCUCCAAUUCAAUGUUCCCCACUUCUCGCCGGCAUCGCUUCUGGCAAUCACAGCUCUCUUGCUUGGGAAAGGUGAUUCCAGUUGCUACCCAUGUAAUGAACAAUGGCAGUGGAGUUGGAGUGUUGCAAUGCCUGGAACACAUGAUUGGUGCCGUGAGAGGCAAAGUCCUCGAGAUCCACAGCCAUUUCUCCCACAAGCCAAUAAUCCUGAUUGGCUGGAACACAGGAGCGUUGGUGGCCUGUCAUGUUUCGGUGAUGGAAGGUGUCACUGCAGUUGUGUGUCUUGGAUUUCCUCUCUUGACAGUGGACGGGCCCAGAGGGGAUAUUGAUGACCCACUUUUGGACAUGAAGACUCCAGUUCUCUUUGUGAUUGGUCAGAACUCUCUGCAGUGCAACAGCGAAGCAAUGGAAGAUUUUCGAGAGAAGCUUCGAGCUGAAAACAGCCUAGUGGUGGUUGGAGGAGCCGACGAUAACCUCAGGAUAAGCAAAGCCAAAAAGAAGUCGGAUGGCCUGACCCAGAGUAUGGUGGACAGGUGCAUACAGGAUGAGAUAGCGGACUUCCUGACUGGUGUGCUCACCCGAGCAGACAGCCACUCUGGCUCUGAUCCUCGGGAUCUAGAUGCUGAGAAGAAGAAGAAAACAACGACCCGGGACUUGGCCAGGAAGGAUCUGUCUUUUGACAUGCCAGAAAGAAGCAGCCGGCCUGCAUCCCCUGCAGCCAAGGUCCCAGCUUCACCGUCCGGGUCGGAGGAUCUCUCCAGCGUUUCCAGCAGCCCCACCUCGAGUCCCAAGGCUAAAAUGGCCACGGUGUCCUCUGUUCAGAAGUCCAGUCAGGUUGGUGCUUCCCAGCUGCUGAAGAGGCCUGUGCAGCGACCCGAAGCGGCCCUGACCCACAAGCAGGCCCAAGCUCAGUUUGCUGCCUUUCUGAAACAAAACAUGCUGGUGAGGAAAUCUCUUCCUCCUGGCACCUCUUCAUGCCUCUUUGUCUCUUCGGAGCAGCAGCAGCCAGAGGCAGGGGAGAAAGAAGACCUGCGAAUGCAGUUGAAGAGGCCCCAGGCCCCCAGCCCAACUCACUGCAGCAAGUCUUCCAAGCGAGCCAAAAUCAAGGUGACCAUUGUCUCCCACGGGGAAGCAGCUGGCACAGGGAAUGGAACAGCUCUGGAAGUACCAUCAGAAAUAGCUGCAGCGAAGCCUCUUGCUGUGACCUUGGGACAGACUGUGGCAGCAGGAGCGAAGGAGGCAACAGGAUUGUUCACCACCCCAAAGCUGAGUGCUGUAGCAGAGAGCCCUUCUGCCAGCCCUGCUCCCUCAGCCGCUCUGCCCAGCAGCACAGCCCCGAGUGCUUUCCAUGCCCUGCAGAACAGACUGGCAGCCAGUAGCACCCACUGCGUUCAGGCUCAGCCCGCCAGCACACUCCAAGGGGCAGCGUCAGCCAGCAGCCUCCUGCAAGGCUUGAGCUUCAGUCUGCAGGACAUCGGCCCAAAGCCAGCAGCCCUCCCAGCCAGCGGGGCUCCUGCAGGACCCUUGGUGCAGACCUCAGCCCUGAAGACCUCAGCCCCACUCCAGAACCUGACCACUAUCACCACCAGUGCAGGCACCAUUGUCCGUACAAUCCCCGUUGCCACAUCCUUAUCCUCUCUUGGAGCCUCAGCUGGUGCAAAGCCCACCACUAUUCACCAGCUCCUCACCAACGGGGGGCUGGCAAAACUGGCAAGCAGCCUUCCUGGCUUGGCUCACAUCUCCGGCCAGGGGGCAGGCUUCAAAGCCCCAACUACCAUCACGGUGACCCUGCGGGGACAGGCCAGCCGAGUCACCACCCUCAGCCAGGCAGCCAUGGGAGCCGCCCAGCCCCAGCUGGAAGAGCCGCAGCAGCAGCAGCAGCUGCUGCUCACCCAACCUCAGCCACCCCAGGUCCCAGACAGUUCAGCUGGAAACUUGACCAGCCCAGCUUCCAACUCCACUCCUCCCAGCAAGCUGUUACCCCAGGUGGAACUCAGGAAAGCCCAGCCUGGCGCAGAGAUGCCUCCUGCUGACCCUGCAUCUCAGCCAGCCUCAGCAGUAGCACCGUCUGUAGUAACUUCCACAAGCCCCAUGAAGACCCUCUAUGUGAUGUCAGAUGCCAAACUGUCUGCACUCACAAAAUCUGUCAUGGCAGAGGCUACUUCUGUCCCCCUCAAGCCCCCAGUUAUCCAGGCCGCUGCUUGCUCGACCUCUUCCUCCGCCCCUAUCGGAGCUGUGACCUUUGCCACCUCCACACCACCUGUCAAUGCAUCUUGCAGCCUGGCGCAUUCCAAAAUGGGACCUGUUUUGCAGACGACGUCCAAGACAGUGAUUCUGACUUCUACGCUUACAGCCAUGAAGGGUGACCGAGCCCUAGGACAAAGGGGGGAGAAGGUUAAUUUGACCAAAGGCCAUGUCCUUGGGGGCAUGGAAACCCUAGGCAGGGUGCCUUCCGUUAUGGAUGACAGCAGUACCAUCCUCCACACCAGGGAGAGUCUCACGAACAGGCACUUGCUUCCACAGGGCCUGUUGCCUGCUGCAGCUGGCACGCUUAUUGCAUUGGGCAGUAGUAGCUUGGGCAAUUCUCCCAUGGCAGCCACGGCCGGGCCGGGCCUCAGUCAGAAACCAUAGCAGCCCCACAUGCAGGGUCACCAUUUAAAUGUUUUUUGCAUCUGCUAUGGAAGAUAAAUCUUAGGUUUGAGGGCAGGGGUAUUGCUGACUUAUUCCUGUCCUUCAUGGGUGAGGACACCUCACCUGUUUUGUUCCUUUUGUCACUUUUAAUAAACAUAUCUUUUUGUGUA